UGGAUGUUGUCCUGCUUCCGUUCAGUGAGACUCUCUCUCUCUCUCUCUCUCUCUCUAUGUAUUCCUCUCCCUCUUCCCAAAACAAAAUCAUGACUCUUCCUCUUGCUUUUCUCCUUAUCCUUUCUCCCUUUGAUCUCUCUCGCCGUUCAAGUUUGCCCAUGAGAAAACUCAAAGGUUUUUCAUGUUCUUUCCUCCUCAUUCUUUUGCUCACAGAUCUCUUCGCCCAAUCAAGUUUGGCCAUCAGAGAACUUCAAGAUCUUGGAAUUGAUAAAGUGAGAGAAUUAACAAUUGGUUUUCUAGACGAGUUAUCUGUUGAAGGUGAUAAAGUGCAGAGGAAAGAGUUACAUGAAGUGCAUUCAGGACCCAAUCCCAUCGGUAACUAAUCUCAGGACAGGAUUUGCAAAACCAAAUUUCAAAUAUGUCCAUGACUCUCUCUCUCUCUCUCUCUCUCUCUAUAUAUAUAUAUAUAUAUAUAUAUAUAUAUAAACAAAGCUUGUUAAGUGGGAAAGCUACUUUCGUCAACAAAAAAUAUGCCAUGUUGCCAUUAUCUGGGUUUCAUCGCCACCGUUAUUAUAUUAUUACUGUUUUGAUUACCAUAAUGUAUAUAUAGUGUAUGUCAUUGUGUGAAUUGGACAUGGGAGCAAAUGAAAAUGAUACCUAUGCUAUUUUGGGCUCAACCAACAUAUAUUGUAUAAAAGCAGCCAAACUGA